AUGGUAAGAAUAGAUGUAACUAAGAGGAUGUCUCUGCCCAUGGAUAUCCGUCUCCCACCAGAGUUUCUGAAGAAGUUACAGAUGGAAAACCCUCCACCGUGCAAACCGCUCAGCCGCAUGUCCAGAAGAGCCUCACUGUCGGACAUUGGCUUUGGGAAACUGGAGACCUAUGUGAAGUUGGGAAAACUAGGAGAGGGCACAUACGCAACAGUAUUCAAGGGUCGCAGCAAACUCACAGAAAACCUGGUGGCCCUGAAAGAGAUUCGUCUGGAGCACGAAGAGGGCGCCCCGUGCACGGCCAUACGGGAAGUGUCAUUGCUGAAGAACCUGAAACACGCCAACAUCGUAACGCUGCAUGACAUCAUCCAUACGGACCGAUGUCUCACCCUUGUCUUUGAGUAUCUGAUAUUUAUGUUCCAGCUUCUUCGUGGUUUAUCAUAUUGUCAUAAGAGGAAGAUUCUCCACCGGGACCUGAAGCCUCAGAAUCUGCUCAUUAAUGACAAGGGAGAACUCAAACUGGCAGACUUUGGUUUGGCCAGAGCAAAAUCAGUUCCAACAAAAACCUAUUCAAAUGAGGUUGUGACCUUGUGGUAUCGACCUCCUGAUGUCCUGCUGGGUUCCACGGAGUACUCAACACCGCUAGACAUGUGGGGCGUGGGUUGUAUCCUGUAUGAAAUGGCGGCAGGCCGUCCCAUGUUUCCUGGAUCCACUGUCAAAGAGGAACUACACCUGAUAUUUCGGCUUAUGGGCACCCCAACUGAGGAGAGCUGGCCCAGAAUCACAGCUAAUGAUGAAUUCAAAUCCUACCUGUUUCCUCAGUACAGAGCACAAGCGCUCAUUAAUCAUGUGCCCAGGCUUGACACAGAGGGAAUAGACCUUCUUUCGGCUCUAUUGCUGUAUGACACCAAGCGCAGGAUUUCCGCCGAGUCGUCUCUGAGACACUCUUACUUCCUGACUCUGGGCGAGAACAUCCACUCCAUACCUGACACCUCAUCUCUGUUUUCACUGAGGGAGAUCCAGCUACAGAAGGAUCCGGGACACAAGAGCUCAGUAUUCCUGCCGCCGGGUCGAGGCAAGAACCGCAGGCAAAGCAUAUUCUGAGGACAAGAAACAAUGCGGUGUGCAUGAAGAAAUCACCAGAACAAAACCAUUAUGAAGCAAACAGCUUUGUUUCUCCAUCCAAAACAUGCAUGCAUCCAUUCACAAACAUGUACUUCAGAAAACAGAUUCAAUAGAAGUGAAUCAUCCUCAGUCAUAACAUAAGCUGGUUAAAAGUGUGGCCAAGGCUCAAUUAAAUCUCUCUUGCAGUCUCUUUUAAACCUAAAAACCACACCGAUCCUAAAGCUCAAAUCUUUAAAGACAUUUACCCCUGGUUUCACAGACAAGGCUUUAGCCUAGCUCCAAACUAAAAUGCAUGAGCUGUUUUAGCUGAAAGAAACUUGCACUGACAUAUUUUAAAACAUUGUUUUGUCUCAAGAUGCACACCAGUAAUGUUUUUUUUCUUUCUUCUUCUAAGGAACGUUUAUAAAAGAUACUUACAUGUCCUAAUUCAGGGCUGUCCAAACUCGGUCCUGGAGGGCCGGUGUCCUGAAGAGUUUAGCUCCAACCCCAA